CGCGGCGGCGCCGGAUGGCGGGAGGCGGGAGCCAGGGGUUCUGGGAAUGGCGGGGCGGAAGUGCCGGUCGUUUUGAACUUUGGCUUUUGGGGACUGAGCUGCGGCCCGGCUGCUCCUGGGGCGUCCGCCGCGCGUGAAGAGGCCCGCGGCUGCCAUGAGCCGGCACAGCAGACUCCAGAGGCAAGUUCUGAGCCUGUACCGCGAGCUGCUGCGCGCCGGGCGCGGGAAGCCGGGCGCCGAGGCGCGGGUGCGCGCCGAGUUCCGGCUGCACGCCAGCCUGCCGCGCUCCGACGUCCUGCGCAUCGAGUACCUGUACCGCCGCGGGCAGCGCCAGCUCCAGCUGCUGCGCUCGGGCCACGCCAAGGCCAUGGGUGCCUUCGUGCGCCCGCGGGGCCUGACGGAGGAGCCCGGCGGCGCGGGUCCGUGUGACAGCACGGAGGCACCGCCGACCCGGCCUGUAGGGCGGUGACAGGGGAACCAGGGGCCCACCGACUGCGUGGGGGGCCCGGGAAGCCACCUGAUGGAAGGUGACAAGUCAGGGAGCGGGGAAAUGGAGACCCUCCUGGGACCCUCAGCUUCAGGAGAUGGUGGGGAGAGACGCCCACCCUUCCGGAUGCAAAGUGACAGAUCGCACACCCCCGCCACCCCACGAGGGCUUAGAGCGGCCAGGGGCCUCGACGGGCUGGACAGCGUCAUGCAGGGAUCUCCAAAGGCCUGGAGAGCAGGGUCGCCUGCCCACCGCCCAUGGAUGAAGAGAGGCCAAGACGCCCAGCCCUUGACUCCUGAGAACAUACCCACCCCUGGCUCCUCAAGGAGACGGCGCAUUCCUGUGUGUGACUCUUAGAAGAGCAUGCUUUUUGCUGAGAGUUUGGAAAGACGGUGAGAAGCCUGCAAACCACCCACCCACCCCCAUCCCACUUUUCACCUUUGGAAAAACUUUGUGACAAACCAGGAGCUUGAAGAAGGGGCUAGAGGUCCAGCCACCACCCCAGGUGAUCAACUCAAGACCCCUCAGAAUCCCCCUCUCGGGCAUCCCUCCCUCUGCUGUGUUAGCGAAGGGAAUAAAGUUGGGUGUGUGCUUA